ACUGUGGUCUCCUUUUAGACCCAUGUGAGUUUCCGUACUGUUGAGGCGGCGUUGACUGAUGUGUGAGUAGCUAACUAACGUUGUCUUCACGAGUCCUAACGCUGAUAUUACUUGUUGUAGCAUUAAAAUAAGAUGUGUGUGUCCUUACAUGUUACAUACAAACAAUUAUUAAGAGCUAAAAUGAUGAAGAGUUCGCACGAGUGCCCGCUCAUUUUUAACCGUCCUAUGCAACGAGGCUUCCCAGCUAGUUUUGGAAGCUAAUUUGAACGCUAGCCACAUUACUGCUAAUUUUAGCACUCAGCAUUACCAUAACAUUUUCAUUAUGCAGCAAAACAACUAGUGUGGAGAGAUGUGAAUUAUUUUUCCUAUAUUACUGUCAGUUUUUCCUUUCGGGUGUAUUUAAACUGGAGACUGUGAUAAAGAUGAUUCACACAGCUUUGAGCUAAAUGAAGUGUUGGUAGACUAUCUUAUUUCAUUAGUAGUUGAUGUGAGGGGCUCAAGAAUGCCACUUACCUCAUUUUACCCCCAUGUGAACUGCAACAGUGGUAAACGGAUUAGUAAAAGUUGGACCUUUUGCUGGUUUAUCAUGUGUUUCAGGUCAAAAUGGCAGAGCUGACAACACUAGAGAGUCUUCUGGAAAUGGGCUUUGACAGGAACAGAGCGUGAGUCUCACCAAAACCAAAAGUGAUCUUGGUUUCCAUAUAAGUGAAAGUAAAAUGUCAUUUAAGGCGCCAUAUGAACACUUCCUCUAUCUCAUGUUUUUUAGGGAGAAGGCGGUGGCCAAAACGGGGAACCAGGGAAUAGAGCAAGCCAUGGACUGGUGAGACUGAGUUUAACUUUCCAGAUGUCUGUGUACUGCUGUCAUCGUGUCAAAGUUGUUUUGUAUUCUUUGAGUUUCUUAUUUGAUUUACUGUUUUCAGGUUAAUGGAACAUGAGAAUGACCCAGACAUUGAUGAGCCCUAUGUGCCACCUGUGGGGAACAUCCUGGGAGGGGAAGCAGACAGCCAAUCCACCUCAGAACAGCCUACACUAGCAGACACAGCUGAAGGUUAGCAGGUCUUUGUUGUGUGAUAAGUGAACAUGAGACAUCCCCAGAAAAGCCACCCGGUGAUGUGUAAUAUGAUGGUAUACACCAGUGGUUCUCAACUGGUCUCACUCUGGGACCAACAUUUUCCCAUGGUCCUUAAGUCGUGUCCCACUUUUAUAGAAUUCAAACCAAGCAAAUUAAUUUUAUAUAUAUUUAAAACCUUUAAAGACUCUAAUCUUUAACAUAAAUCCACUUGUUUUAUUGAGGAAGUGCAUUUCAGAGCACAUGAAGGGGACAACAUGAGGAUGACAACUACUGAAGUUGCAUAUGCAGAAAAUAUCAAAUGUCUAAUAAAUAUCGCAUUAAACAUUUACUUUUUUGAACGUGACUGUGACCACUUUUGGGUCGGGACCCACCAGUUGAGAACCACUGGUCUACACUAUAAGACAGUAGAAAUGCGUCUAUAGCAUAAUGUUGUGGCAGAAUGGUUGUUAUAAAGUAGUUGUCCCAGUAAUCUGAGCGGUUAUAUCCAGAUAUUGUGAGAGGUAUUUUUCUACAUAUCAAAAUUGUAACUUUUUUUCAUUCAUUGAGUAUUUAAUUAUUCACAAUCGGACAGAAACAGACAUCUCCAUCUGGAUGUUCUAUCUAUGAACAGUUCCAAGACUAUUUUUCCAGAGGCUCUGUCCACAAACAAGAAACAUAAACUAAAAGGUCCUGAAACUCAUUCAUUCAGAAUGUGAUCAAACAUUAGUUUAGAUUCUCUGCCUCUUUCUAUCCAUGUAUGAAUUUCUUUUCUUAUCGUCGUUCCCCUGACAAAGGAAGUACACAAGCUCAUUUUCUUCAUUUAGUCCCCAUCAGUCUUUUUGCACGUGUGUCUCAUUGAAAGUCUAAGACGUUUGGUGUGUUAGGGUUGAGUAAGUAAAGCAAGUCUUGCAUGUCAGCAUGGUAAAGAAUUUAACUUUUUAACUUUUUCUUUCGUUUAUCAAGUGCCUCUAUUUAUUUUUUACCUCAGGGACCGCAGGUGGAGACGGCACACUUGAGGAUGAGGAUGGCAUGAGAAAGCCGAUGACAGAGGAGGAAAGACAAGAGCAGGUCAAAAGGUCAGAGUGCACUUCUAGUAGAAAGCAUCCUUCCUUUACUUUGAUGACAACCUACAGCUUCAUCUUCUCCUUAUAGUGUUACUAUAUUUAUAUUUUAUAAGUCCCAGAAAACAUACAGUAAUCUGAAUCGAUAAAUGUGCUCAUGGUUGCUAAACAUAUCCUAAACAUCCUAGUUUAUUCAGUCCUUGUUUUACUUGGUGAAAGCACGAGAACACACCUGAUCUGUCUUGUCAGUAUGCUGUAAGCCUGCGCUGUUGUCUGUUUCUCAGGCUAGAGGAGUUGAUGCGGGUAAAGCAGGCGGAGAGGAGAGAACGAGAGCGGGCAGAAGAGUUGGAGAAGGAGAAGCAGCGACGGAGACAGGGCCAAGAGCUUCAGCAAAUUCGCCAAAAGAUGCAAGACGAUGAAAUGAAAAAGCUUGCCGAUCAGCGCAGGAGAGAAAAAAUGGAGGACAAACUGGCAAGGUGAGAUAUGAAUCCUUAAUCUAACUGCGCCUACCUUAGAUCAUUGUGUCAUGCUGGACCAGAGAUGAAAUCAAGAAGCACUAGUGGAGCCUAGUGGAAAAGAAACGUUUUCUUCAUUGGAUUAUUAUUGUUAAAUUUUACAUCCUUAGAGCAGUAAACAAAACAGAUGAGGUUAGGGGUUUGGUGGAAGAUGGAUGUUUCUCCUAAACAUUUCCUUCUCCUAUUUUUGAUCCACAGUCUUUCUGUAAGAAUGUUCAAGAGUUGUGCCUGGAAUAAUGGUAGCAGGUGACAGUAUAAAAAGUGGAAACAAGUAAUGGCUGAUUUCCAUUUCAUAAAAACAUCUUAUGAUGCUACACAGUCAAAUAUUUUAGUUUAUAUCCCUGAAAUCAAAAUUGGGUGGUACUCUGACAGUAAGGCAAGACCACGACACAGCACUGAAAAAGCAGUGGAGAAGCUAAUCCCAGAAAGGAAUUACAACUUUCCUGGUCACAUCAGACUGUCCAGCCUGUCAAUUCUUUCCACUGCAGUGCUUUCUGUGUGACUCUCUUGUGUUGAUGUUUUUUUUUCUGCCUUUUAGACAGAGAGUUAAAGAAAAGAUUGCACGGGACAGAGAGGAGAGAGCACAAAAGGUAAUCCAAACAAAGAGCUUUGUCCUUUUUUCCCCCUCUUUACUUCAAUGUCAGCACUUCUUAUUGAACCAAAAACUUACGCAGUCAUUUGCUUGUUUGUUUGUCAUUUUAAUCGGUCAAGUUCGGAGGUGGUGGAGGACCAAGUGCGGCAACAUCGUCGCAGCCUGUCGAGCCCAGCCCUUCAUCCCCCACCAGUCACGGCCCUCCACCCACCAAGAAGGAGUAUGAUGAGUCUAGGAUACAGGUAUUGGAUUUGUCUACUCCUACAUACUGCUGGUCACACUACUACACACAUCAAUCAUACUCUAAAGAUUUCUACAAAUGGCCGAAUUGAUAAAAGUGAAACUGUUACAAAGGAGAGCCAUUAGGAGCCAAAAGAGCUGGUUCAAUUUUUAAUCAUGUAAAUAGUUUUUAAAUGGCACAGGCUGACCUCUCGUAAUUUUUGUGCUAAUAUACUGUUUAUUCAUUAUUCAUCAGCAGAUAUUUUUGUACUGUGUUUUUGCUCUAAGGUUCGGCUGCUUGACGGCUCCACCAUCACAACAGUCUUCAAGGCUCAAGAGCCUCUGGCAGCUGUGCGUGUCUACAUUCAGAUGAACAGCAACACACCUGAGGGUCAAGACUUCACGCUGCUGUCACCCUACCCUCGUCACAUCUACACUGAAAUGGACAUGGAGAAGCCUCUAAAAGAACUGGGUGAGUUUAAUGUAGUGUCUUUAAUGUGGACCUGAAGCACAAACAUGUUCAGCCUGUAUCAGACCUCUCGUUGGUUUUGCAGGUUUGGUGCCUUCGGCUGUGCUGGUCGUUACCAAAAAGUGAGAACAGGAUGACCUGCUCUUUGAGCCUACCUCACCCCCUCACCCUCCACAGCAUCAACACAAGAGACACAGGACAAUAGACUCAACCUGGAACAGAGUCACUACCUUUAAGUUUCACUCAAUGAGCAAACUAGCUGAAUUGAAGCGGUGGAAUUUAGCAGGAGGCUGCGGUCAAAUCUGAAAUAACUUUUUUAGAACAGAGGUUUCUCGAAUUGUGAAAAGAUUUGGUGGAAGGAUGGGUUUGUGUGCAGUGAUGGUGAGGGACUCCUAUCUAUACAGAUGCUUCAGAUGGUUACUAUGAUACAUUUAUGAAAACAAUACAGAACAGAAGAAUUCAAUUUUAUCCUGAUGCUUAAAUAGAAAAGUACCACACAAGAUGUACUGAAAUGGUUCCGCUCUUCCUGAUUUUGUGACAUUCUUUGCCAUUUUUAUAAGUUGAAAUAUAUUGACAGUUGUCUGCAUUAUCACAGUGAAUCUACUUAAAAUAAAUCUGACUCAGAAUUACAAUGGUGGACUUUUUCUUUAAGUCCUAUAAUAUAA